CGACAAUUAAUGUAGCAUCGCUGCCGAAUGAUCAUUUAUUUACAUCAAUGGUCCAGUUGUAUUUGUAAACUGAUGUUAAAAUCAUGGGAGAGAAAGGACAACAAUCAACCCAGCAGCCUAUCGUUAAGAUAGGACAUUACACUUUAGGACAGACAUUAGGAGUUGGGACCUUCGGUAAAGUGAAAAUUGGUGAACAUCAGCUUACAAAUCACAAAGUUGCUGUUAAAAUAUUAAACAGACAAAAAAUCAAAAGUCUUGAUGUUGUUGGAAAGAUUAGAAGAGAAAUACAAAAUUUAAAACUCUUUCGUCAUCCUCAUAUAAUAAAACUGUAUCAAGUGAUAAGCACGCCAACAGAUAUUUUUAUGAUAAUGGAAUAUGUUUCUGGAGGUGAACUUUUUGACUACAUUGUUAAAAAUGGAAAGCUCAAGGAGUAUGAAGCACGCCGUUUCUUCCAACAGAUAAUAUCUGGUGUUGACUACUGUCACAGACAUAUGAUUGUUCAUCGAGAUUUGAAACCAGAGAAUCUACUCCUUGAUCACAACUUGCAUGUGAAAAUUGCUGACUUUGGCCUGUCAAACAUGAUGAUGGAUGGAGAAUUCCUGAGGACAAGCUGCGGUUCUCCAAACUAUGCUGCUCCAGAAGUCAUAUCUGGGAAGUUGUAUGCUGGCCCCGAAGUUGAUAUUUGGUCCUGUGGUGUGAUUCUUUAUGCGUUAUUGUGUGGUACCCUGCCCUUUGAUGAUGAACAUGUUCCAACACUGUUCCGUAAAAUAAAAUCGGGGGUAUUCCCUAUACCUGAAUACUUAAAUAAGCAGGUUGUUAGUCUGCUUUGCCAUAUGCUUCAGGUGGACCCUAUGAAGAGAGCUACAAUUGAAGACAUAAAGAAACAUGAGUGGUUCCAGAAAGAGUUACCAGCAUACUUAUUUCCAUCUCCAGUAGAACAGGAUGCGUCUGUUAUUGAUACUGAUGCAGUUAAUGAAGUUUGUGAGAAAUUUGGUGUGAAGGAACAUGAAGUUCACAAUGCCUUGCUGAGUGGUAAUCCUCAUGAUCAGCUUGCUAUUGCAUACCAUUUAAUAAUUGACAAUAAAAGAAUUGCCGAUGAAGCUGCAAAGGCAGAGCUCAAAGAUUUUUAUGUUGCAAGCAGUCCUCCACCUGUUUCAUUUAGCCCAAAUGAGCUGAAUCCUAGUCCUAUUCGACCACAUCCUGAAAGAAUAGCUCCUGCCAUUCGUGAUAAAGCUAUUGCUACAAGCAAUAGUGGGGCAACUGACAGACGCUCUAGAGGAACUCCAGUCAAAAGAGCUAAGUGGCAUUUAGGUAUUAGAUCACAGAGCAAACCCAAUGACAUUAUGAAUGAAGUCUACAGAGCAAUGAAAGCGCUAAACUAUGAUUGGAAAGUUAUUAAUCCUUACCACGUACGUGUUCGACACAAGAAUGAACUAACUGGAAAAUAUGUUAAGAUGUCACUGCAACUAUAUCAAGUUGAUUAUAAAAGUUAUCUUUUGGACUUCAAAAGCCUUAGCAGUGAAGCUAGUGAAGAUAGUGAAAGCAUGAUCUUAUCAUCAGGAGAAGAACCAAAACCAGCUGUAACUGUACCUGUAGAGUCAAGUGAACAGCAGCAGAAGCAAACUGGUCAUCAUACAAUGGAGUUUUUUGAGAUGUGUGCAGCCUUGAUCACUCAGCUUGCUCGCUGACAUCUGUCGUAAUAGUCACUGAUCCAUACAGUGGCUAUAUAUUCAGUUGCAGAAGAUAUGAUACUAAAGUGGUUUGCCACUGUUCUUCUAUGGCUGUAUAUGAGGAGACCAAUUGUCCAAAGAUCAAGCGACAAGUUUAGUUGUAAUGUUGUGAUUUCAGUGUAAAACAUUCAAAGAAAUUUAAAAGUUACCUUCAAAGUCACAUAUAUAGGAGCCUUUUUUUGUUAGUAUUAUAGUAAUUGAAAGGUUUUUAUUUAUGGCUAUUGUUUAGGAUUUUAAGUGCAGAAACGGAAGACUGGUAUGGUAUUGCCAGUAUUUUUGUGCUCAUACCCUAAGCUACUGGCGUUAAUGUAAACAGUUGACUGGUAGAGAAAUGCAGCAUUUUACAAAUGAGCUCUUGUACAAGAAACUGUUGAAGAAAACUAAAUGCAACUUUUAAGAAGCGACAAGAAAUACAUUUUGCCCUAGUAAGGUUAUAUAUGAUCACUUAAUGUGUAAUAUUAGCACUUCCAGUUUAUCUGAGUUCACGAACAAUUCUCUGCUAUAAAAAGUUCAUUUUAUUCUUACUUACCACCUUAUGUUUCACGUGGGUGCCAUGCACUCUGAUACAGAUUGUUUGCUCUAUGUGAAGUCUCUGUCAUUGCACAGCUGGUAUUAGAACACCUUUGGUAAUCUUUUGACAGUUGUACUGCCCGGGCCAGCCUCACCAUUUGUCAGUGCCUCUGAAUUGAAUCUUGUGAGAGGGUAAAUGGUGAGGGAUGGAUAGAGGCACAAAGGCACAUUGGAAUGAAUAAAAGCAAAAGCUUGUAUCAUCCUCGCUAUGACAUUCACAAGAAGAAUUUUUCCAUUUGUAUCUUUCUGCAACACCAUUUCAGCUAACUGUUCAUCCACACAUUCUGAUUUCAUCAGUUGUAUGUUUUCAUCCCACUACAGUGUGUAGGAGCACUUGUAAGAAGAAGGUGGAAACCUUUUAUAAAUUGAUAGAUUGGAUCCUUCCAACAUGUCUGUCAUCAAUUAAACAUGGACAAAAUGAAACUAAUGUUGGUUUGUCAGUUACCUUGUCAGUAACAGAGUCAUCUUGCCCACACUUCUGAAACCAGCUCUAUCCUCAGAAUCUGAUGAGCCACAAAAGAGAACACACAAUGGUUGUCCUUUUACUGCCAAGUACUUGACCAGGUUGCACAAUUUUUCAUAGCCUUCUAGUCUAAUGUGUAACCAUGAACUAGCCAAAAUUCUCAGCGUGAAGAUCAGGUGACUGUCUUAAUGUCAUUGUCACUGUCUAAGCUGUUAUAGUGAGCACGUAGUCUAACCCUUUCUUAUAGAAUUGUGAAAGAUUGCAGCAAUUUGUUCAAAUGUAGAUUCACAUGAAUAUUAUAUUGUGUCAUGUUCAGAGAGCAAGCUAAAAACCUUUUCCUCCCUUUUAACAUUGUAAGCUGUUGAUAGAUAUCUCCUUACAUCUUGGUGCGAAAGUAGUACCUCUAGUUUCCAACAGAUAGCAGAAAAAUGUGGUCUUAUGUAGCACUCUACAGCUAGCAGAGCUCAGGUUACCAUCAUUCUUUAUGUUACCCUGUAGAGUGAGUAUUGACUUAUCUCCUGGCAUUAAGGAUUAAAUAAUACAGGGUGUUUCAAAAUUUUUUAUUCGAUUUCACAAGACUGUUUUGUAUGUGAAUGAAGAUACGAAUUUAUACUCGUGUAUUAGAUUAUGACGUUUUUGUUUUCAGAAGAACCCUCUGAUUUUAAAAGGGGAUAUCUUUUACAUGCAUACAACCUUGAUGUACUUUUUACAACUAUACUUAAGAUCAAAGGUUUCAUUUACCUUCAACAAACGUUCAGUGUGGCUUCCACUGGACACAUGACAAACAACCAGAUGAUAGUCAAAGUCAUCUCACACUUUUACAAGCAUUCACUACUGUUGCUAUGUUGCCGGCCGAAGUGGCCGUGCGGUUAAAGGCGCUGCAGUCUGGAACCGCAAGACCGCUACGGUCGCAGGUUCGAAUCCUGCCUCGGGCAUGGAUGUUUGUGAUGUCCUUAGGUUAGUUAGGUUUAACUAGUUCUAAGUCCUAGGGGACUAAUGACCUCAGAAGUUGAGUCCCAUAGUGCUCAGAGCCAUUUUUUGUUGCUAUGUCCUGUCACAGUUCACAAAAAGUUGUUGGAAGGGGAGGCACAUAGACAGAGUUCCAUAGUUUAAAAAAUAAAAAUAAAAUAAACUCACUAGUCAUACUCAGCGAGCCUGGAGACCAAUGGUGCAAUGUACACCCCAUGCGGUAGAUGCAUUGUCAUACUAGUCAUGAAAAUGCUGCUGCACAGGUGUAAUAGAAAUGCACCUGUUGAAAAAGAGAAUGCAAAAUGCCCUUUUGUCACCACAUUAUUACCAUUUUGACUUGACGCACCUUGGGUAAUGUCCAACCAAGCAAACAAGCUAGCUGCAGCAGCUAGACCACUACCAACAGCUGCAUGAACUGACAGCUUACAGCUGGAGCCAAGAUAAAUUUGAUACUUAAAUUAAAAUUUACUUGAGUUUAUAUCUUCGUUCAUGUAGAAUAUAUAAUCUUGUGAAAUUGGAUGAAUCUUAUGGAAACAUGCUGUAUAUUGACUAUAGAACAAUAUUAUUUAUGUUGUGGUUGUCAGGAGUCAGAAAGCCCUUAACAAUAAUUGUUUUUAAAUCUUUCAGUUCUAAUGUUUCAGUCAAUGGUUGAAACUGUACAACAAGAAAGGUGGAAAAACUUUGGAAGCCUGAAUGAAAGUUCCCUUCAUCCACCACAUAUUUAAUUCAUACUAAAGAAGAAAAAAAUUAAGUUUUCUUUUGAAACUUUUUGGAAUUUUUUAACAUCUUGAAGAAUUUAAAGUCUGGUUCUUCAUCAAAGCAGUGUCCGUUUUUCUUCUCUAAGUAUCAAAAAUGUAGAUUCAAUUUCAUGUUGUACUUAAGCAUAUACAAAACUGCCUUCAUAGUUUCCAAGCAAAACUUAUGAGGUAGGGGUUCCAUUUUUGUCAGUUCCAUUAUUUUGUAAGUACUGGUGAUGUAAUGCUUUUAUGUGAAAUGUUCUUCUCUCAUUUGGUGUACCAACUGCUUUGUUUAAUUUGCCUCAGUUUGCAUUCAGGAUAAGUGAUUCUCCUUUAAUGCUGCUCUCACUUGAUCACCAUGUUGUGUAAAUCUGUAACUGUUCAUUUUGAUGAUUUGGAUUAAAUUCUACUUUUCACUCAAUUUAGUAGUCAUGUCACAUACUACUAUUCUUUUUUCCCAUCCUUAUAGGACAUCAUUGUUUUCGGCUCUAUUUGGUAUGUGGGGACCACAUCAUAUAUUGAUGAGACACAGUGUUAAUCAUCUUUCUUCUGUCUAUUGUACACUUAUUAUCACUUUGUUCCUAUAUGCUGCAAGUGUUCCACUGCUUUAAUCUGCCCAGUCUCUUCUUACAUGCCUGCUUCCACUGAUAAUCUUUCUGCCUCCUCUUUCUGUACAUGUUGUGGAAGCCAGAAGUGUGUAUGUGUACAGUCCUUAUCAGAUGUGCUUUGGCUUAGGAAGAUGAUUCACCAGUAUAUUUCCUUCUGAUGUUAUUUUGACUGAGUUUUAUAAUGGUGCUGCUUCUAAAAACCUCAGAACUUUUUGCUUCAGACAUUAGUCAUUGCAAGAUGAUACUUGGUAAAUCAUCACUGGUGUUACUGUGUGACAUGUCAAGUUUACUUUCUGUAGCUGCCAACAAAUAUAAUGUGAUAAAAUUGUCCCUAAGACCGUAAACGUAUCGAAUCUGUACAUAGCACCUGUGCAAUGUGAGUGUAUAAUUUGUCAUGUGAUAAACAUAAGACCGUAAACGUAUCGAAUCUGUACAUAGCACCUGUGCAAUGUGAGUGUAUAAUUUGUCAUGUGAUAAACAUUAUUUUUACCAAUGAUGAUAAUUUUAAAAGGUUUCUUCUGUGCAGUCACUGUAUGUCUUAUGAAGACAAAGUGUGUGACAGCUCUUUAAAUGCCUAAAAAGUGACAGAAACUUUCAGUUCUGUAUUUUCUGCAUAGUAAUAAUGAUAAAACUAAACUGAUAACAUGUUAUAUUAUUUAUUGUAUAAUUAGUUAGUUCUUAUAAUAGGUAUUUCCUUUUUUUCUUCAUCUACAAAAAAGUAUUAUAAUGUGCACCAAAAUAAAGCAAUAGAAAGUGUGUGUGUGUGUGUGUGGGAGAGAGAGAGAGAGAGAGAGAGAGAGAAAAUUUUUAAUCAGUGAAUCUGGAAAACUUGUUCUGAACUGUUUAUGAUGUGAAACUAAACUGUAAAUAAUUAUUAUGAAACAGUGUGAUGAACAAUGGACAUAUUUUAUACCUUUGAUGAGUUAUUAAUUACUCAAGAGGACUUGGAAUGUUCAGCUAUGUUAGUUUAUAAUAGUAAAACUACUGAAGAAAUAACCAUUUGUCAGAAAGAAUGCUAACAAGGAAGAAAAUUGUUUGUGUGGGAGUUAUAGAGGUGAGGAAUACUGAAGGGGGGGAGGGUAGAAGAGGAGAAAAAAGGUGUGAAAUAAUUUCAAAAUAAUAACUGUUCUCUUCCCAUUGAGGAACUGCUAAAUGAUUGAAGUCACAUAUAAUAUUGAUAUUUCCAUCAUUUCCUUUUAAUGAACAGAAAUGUAUUUCUAAAACUUAAGUUUCUAGACUUAAUUAGCUCUUGUGGCGUCUUGUCUGUCUGACCUGUGCCUAAUAGGAAAGGUAUAAUGUGAGUCACAUUUGUAAAUUAUUCUAAAGAAACUCUGCAAGACGACAUUAUUGCGUUACUUCAUUGUCAUGUUACUCAUUAAAAUUAGGUAAAGUGUUAUAAAAGUGUGGGAGAGGUUUUCUUUUAAGUGUACCAUUCCUAAAUUAAAUUUAACUUAACAAAAGGAAGAAAGUCACCUAUUCAGUUGUCACUGAAUACACAUAAUGUGAUAAUUUAGAGGCAAUGACAUCAGAAUAAAAGAAGAAUAAUAUUAGAAAAUGUAGCUUUAUCCUAAAGAAAUAAUUAAGUGAGCUUAAGAAUUAAAAUGCUAGUCAGAAACAUAUUCUACAUACUCCAGUAAAAGCAAUGGUUAGAUCAUAUCCACCAGGAUUCAUCCUUUUCAUUGCACUAGCAAUAAAAUGAAAAAAAUUAGUACUACAUCUUAAACUGUAGAACUGGAGGAAUGUAGCUGUGGUAGUAGAGGAGAGGAAAAUGAAUUUCUUGAUUGCAGUCUUUUUAACAAUCAAGACAUACAAAGUAUUGAUUGCAUUCCCCAUCCGUAUGUUAGAUCUCUACUGACUUGAAAGUUCCAAAAUGAUGCAUGUUUUCAUAUGUAUUUAUAUAUAUAUAUAUAUAUUUAGCAAAUUUAUUUUUUUAAAGUUAUUGAUGAAAAACUGAGAAAUGUAAAUAAAUUCUGUCAUACCUAAUUAAUGAAUGUUACACUGUCUGAAAUGAUGUGCUUGAUAUUCAUUGGCAAUUAAGAGGCUGACAUAUGUAACAGAAAAAAUGAAAUAAAAGGAUAAAGAGACAUUGGUGUGAGAUAUCAGUUUUAUUGUUUUCUAGAAAAUACUUUGUGUGAAAUAUACUGCUGAUAGC